CGACUCUCAAAGAUUCAUUCGAUUCGCUUUAUAUAUAUACACGUGAUUGUUCAAAACAAACAAAUGAAUCGAUUCCCUAUCGGAAAUGACUCCCAACAGCAACUUUGUCUUGUGCAGUUCAGUUAGGGAAAGAAGAAACGGGGCACGAGGAAAGUAGUUUAAUCUAAUGUAACUUAAAGACGAAGAGUGUGUGUGUUUACGCGCGAGUUUUGCAGUGCAGAUGUGUGUGAUUUGAGUGGAUCUGUGAGGUGAACUGAAGCAGGCCCAGAUUAAACACGCGUUACUGUGAGUGUGUGUGUGUAAGAUGUCUCUGGAGGAUUAUGAGAGGCAUUACGCCUCUUUAAACUCAGAGACUGGAUGUGAAUCAGUCAAUGGACGAUCGACAACAUCUGGAGCUUUCGCUGGAGAAGAGGAGAAACUGCAUUACAUCCCCAUUCGAGUGCUGGGAAAGGGCGCCUUCGGGGAAGCGACUCUCUACAGGCGCACUGAGGAUAACUCUCUGGUGGUGUGGAAGGAGAUCGACCUGAACUGUCUCUCGGAUAAGAAGCGCAGAGACGUGAUGAACGAGAUCAGCAUCCUCUCCAUCCUUCAGCACAACAACAUCAUCGCUUACUUCAACCACUUCAUGGACAAGAACACACUGCUGAUCGAGAUGGAGUACUGCAAUGGUGGAAACCUUUAUGACAAGAUCAACCAGCAGAAAGGAGCUCUGUUCAAAGAGGAGGUGGUGGUGUGGUACUUAUAUCAGAUCACCGCAGCUGUGGCUCACAUUCAUAAAGCUGGUGUCCUCCACAGGGACAUCAAAACGCUGAACAUCUUCCUCACUAAAACCAACCUGAUCAAGCUGGGCGAUUAUGGGCUGGCCAAGAAGCUGGACUCGCAGUACUCCAUGGCUGAAACCUGUGUCGGGACUCCGUACUACAUGUCUCCUGAGCUGUGUCAGGGAGUCAAGUACAACUUUAAGUCGGACAUCUGGGCCAUGGGGUGUGUGUUGUUCGAGCUGCUGACCCUCACCAGGACCUUCGAUGCCACGAAUGCCCUGAACCUGUGUGUAAAGAUCGUGCAGGGCAACUGGACCAUGGAGAUCAACUCGGACAUUUACACGCCUGACCUCAUCAAGAUGGUGUACGAGUGUUUAGAUCAGGACCCUGAGAAGAGGCCGACGGCGGAGCAGAUUCUAGAGCGGCCCGUGAUCUCUCGAGUCCGAGCAGAGCUGGAGGACAGGGUUGCGACGCUUAACUCCGCCAUCAGGAAACCCAAGCUGAGCGCGGCGACGGAGACGUCGGUGGCGGUGGUGACGACGCGCUCGCGAGAGGUGUAUUUCUGGGGCGGGGGGAAGUUCACCCCGCAGAAGCUGGACAUGUUUAAGGGCGGCAGCAGCGCUCAGCACGUCUGCGCCGGAGAAACACACUUCGCAGUGGUGACCGUCGAGAAGGAGCUGUACACUUGGGCCAGCGUUCAGGGAGGAGCGAAGAUGGUGGGUCAGCUGGGUCACGGGGACCAGGCCUCGUACCGCCAGCCCCGGCGCGUGGAGCGUCUGCAGGGGAAAGCCAUCCGACAGGUGUCCUGCGGGACCGACUUCACCGCCUGCGUCACCGACGAGGAUCAGAUGUACAUGUUCGGCUCGGACUACUACGGCUGCCUGGGCGUGGAGAACGAGCACGGCAUGGAGGUGCUGGAGCCGGUGCUGCUGCAGUUCUUCCAAGAGCGGCCCGUCAGACAGGUGUCCUGCGGGGACAACCACGUGGUGGCGCUGACCCAGAGCAGGGACAUCUACUCCUGGGGCUGCGGAGAGCACGGUCGACUGGGUUUGGACUGCGAGGAUGAUUUCGCCUCUCCAAUGCAAGUGGAGGUUCCUAAAGGCGGGAUCAUCACCUCUGUGUUCUGCGGCAGCGACGGCACCUUCUUCCUCACCGAUUCUGGGAAGGUUUUGGCCUGCGGGAACAACGAGCUCAACAAACUGGGUCUGAAUCUAGGCAUCACUGGGAUCAAAAACCACUGGGGAGAAAGUUAUCAGGGGAUCCCGUACACCACCACACUCUCGCUGGUCAGGCUGCUCUCGCGCUUCAAGAUCAUCUUCAUCUCUCCAGGAAAGGCCCACACCGGCGCCAUAGACGAGCGCGGGCGCCUGGUGACCUUCGGCUGUAAUAAGUACGGGCAGCUGGGAGUCAAGGACUUCAAGAAGCACCAGGGUGUGAAGGUGCUGGUGGGGCCCUUCGGGGGGAAGGUGGUGUGCAAGGUGUCGUGUGGAGACGGCUUCACCAUCGCCGCCACUGAGGAUAACCAGAUCUUCGCGUGGGGGAACGCGGGGAACGGCCGGCUCGGGAUGCCUCCGGAUAAAGGCUUCGGCUCUGAGGUGUGUCCGGCUCUGCCUCGGCCCAUCUUCGGCUCCUUGCACCACGUGCCGGAUCUGUCCUGCAGGGGCUGGCACACCAUCCUCAUCAUGGAAAAAGUCCUGAACUCCAAAACCAUCCGCUCAAACAGCAGCGGGCUGUCCAUCGGAAGUGGCCAGUGCUCGACCGCCUCGGUGGAUCUGGAGACGGGCUCGGCCACAGACUCAGAGCUGCGCGAGGGGAUGCUGGGAGGAACCGCGGAGGCGGAUCUGGGGGAGCGGGGUCUGCAGACGCCCGUCUUCUCCAUCGACAGCCAGACCGGCCAGAGCUCCUGCCCCUCGUGGCUGCGCAAGGAGCUGCUGGACGCAGAGUUCAUCCCCUUGCCGAACGAUUCCCGAGACUCCACCGAGCCGCUGCCGUCCUCCUACACCGAGAGCAACACACUGCCGUACGAGGAGCUGGACCAGCUCAAAGCCAAGAGCCUGAUGCCGACAGCAUGUGUGGAUUACACACACAGAGUGGAUGAGCGGAUGAACGGCGCAGAGACGGGCCGAUCCGAUCAGAGCUGCUGUGGAGCGAGCGUCGAGCUGGCACACCUCAGAGAAACCGUGAACCGGCAGGAAGCUCAAAUCCAGAUGUUACAGAAGCAGUUCAGCGAUCAGCAGAAGGAGAACGAGAGACUGUGGAAGGCCAUCCAGAGCCUCGGAGCAGAUGUCAGUCAGAGCCACGAAGAAGAGUGAGAGUCCCAUCAUCCCUCAGUCAUUAGCUAUCAGUGAGUGUGUGAGAGCUAAAGCCAAGAUCACGAACAGCCAAAGACUCGACCCUGCUGCUAAUGUCAAGCCAAAUCUGGCAUCUGGGAACAGCAGCAGGUUCAUCGUCAGACGAUCCUCCAGGAUGAAUAUAAAGAAAAGUGUCAUAAACCGUUGGGUUCAGUCGUCGAGACGUGGGUUUUUACUCUGAAUGCUUUUAUAUUGAACAUUUAGUUUUCAAAGAAGCUCUUUUAUGUCCAAGAGAUGAAACUGUUAACUCUUUCCCCACCGGCAUUUUUGAUCAUUUUCACAAAAUGUUCACGGCCCCCAAGAAUAUUUUGUUGUAUGAAUAUCUGAACAUGCAAACUAUCCAAAGAAAGAACAGAGGCUCAACAUUUUAUUCUAGCUCCAUGCUUUCUUUUUUUAUCAACACUUCAAUGUGGGUUUCAUUAAAAAAAGCAACAUUUUGAACAAAAAGCUGAGAAAACCAAGUUUUUGUCAAAGUUUACGAUGUGCGUCAGCAAUGCUUCUAUCGCUUGUUUCUGCUUCUUCUUCAGCUGUGUUUUAAUCUGGAGAUUCAGUACUCUUUCAGAUGAUGCGUAAUUGCGCCCCCUACUGUAUAACAGUGGAAAUGUCUAUGGCCGGAAAAUCCUGUCAAUGGCGGGGAAAGAGUUAAACUCUAUGGCCUGGUUUCACAGACAGGGUUUAGAUUAAGUCAGGAUUAGGCCUUAGUUCAAUCAGGACAUUUAAGUAG